AUUCGACUGGUCACAAACAAGCUCAGUUGUUCAGCUGUGUGAAAAAUAGUGCAUUACCUUAAAUAUUAUAUUAUUUGGUUAAAUUGUUGGUUAUUUGUUAGUGUAAAUUGUGGAAAAUCAUUUUCCAAAAAAAAAUCAAAACAGAAAAUUGUUGAAUUGAUUAUAAAAUAUACAAUAAAAUAAGUAGACGGAAAGUUUUUUUUAAAAAUAAAACAACAAGACAAUGGAGUCGUUUCCAAAUGAUAUCCAUGCGAUAUUAAAAGAGCUAAGCCAAUCCGAACAAGGCCAAGAUGAAUUAAUAUCGAGUUUCAAAAAAGGAAUAGACGAUGUUAUACAAAAGUAUGUCCUAUCCAAAAGUACUCCAGUCAAGCCUAGUAAGAAAAAGGCCAAGGGUCGGGUAGAGAAAGUAGAUAGUCAAGAGGACAGUUUUUCGUCAACAAAUUCGUCGAGAACGACAGCAUUGAAUGGUCAUCAAUCUGGCGAAGAUGAGCCAUUAUUGAUGCGGCCUGUUCGUACAGGUCGUGCCAAACAACCAACAUCUUACAAAGAGCCGCCAUUGAAUGUAAAAAUGCGUCGAGAUGGUACAAUGACUGUUGUGAAUGUUAAAGUUGAACGAAUGUCAACGGAUGCAAAAGCAGAAGAAUCAAGAGCCACUCUCACUGCAACGACUGCCAAUGAAUCGGUGCGUCCGGUUCGAAUUAAAAAGGAGAAGAUCGACGGUACAAGUGUAUCAAAAUUGGACAAAACGAGCCGCUCCGAAACAAAUGUAACAAAGAAAAAAUCAAAUGAUUCAAACGAUUCGUUAGAGAUAGUGCCAAUGGAAACUAAUCCAACUAUCGAAUUGUCUGACGAUGAAAAUGGAAAUGAUGGCAAUAAGAUGCCACCUCCAGCAUUUGUUCCACCAAUCAAACCAACAAAAGAAAAGAAACCGCCCGCGGAAAAGAAAAUUCGAUCAACACGAUCCAAACAACCGAAACGCAAGAUUAAACAAGAGCCAGUAUCAGAAAGUGAAGAUGAGGCCACACCCAGUACCAGCAAUGUUGCCAAUGUGGCUAGUACCAGUAGCACAGUGUCUGAAGAAAAAUCGGUUCGACCAAGUAGAAAUGCCGCUGAUAAAUCCAAAGCAAAUCGUGUGCUUAACACUAGUGGUGAAUCAUUGUAUGAAGAUGCCAUGUCACAGCCUACUACUAACACAACAACUGCACAGCCACUAUCACAACAGUGUGAUGCAACAUUUGUAACAACAGUUGACGAUACUGAAAAGGAACAAUUGUCACCACGUGGAACGUAUAUUAUACCAAAAGGAACUGGUGACACCAAUGGUCCAAAUGGAACGUUCAAUGUUGAACAAACAGCAACUACCUCGAAUCGUGUCGUUAACAAUCAAACUAUUGUGGUUGGAUCAAAAGCGACAACAGGUGCAAAAGUCUCUGGCAGCAGUUUAAUGACAGAAGAUGAUUCAGAUUCAGAUAGUGGCGUUCGAAAAUACGGAAAGAAAGAUGCCAAGGAUCAAGGAUCAAAGAAAAAUGCCAAGGAACAAGGAUUAUUCGUUCCAAUCAAACAACGUGUUGAGACAUUCGAAAAGUUGCAAACCCCGCUAAAAGAAACUCGCACCAGGGCAAGAGCUGUGGAAUCCGAUAGAUCAAAAAUGGCACACGGCUCAUUAUUCUCAAAGAAUACCCCAUCCGAACAAGCAGGCAAACAUGCUCGUGCCAAUUCGGCUACUCGAGGUGCCCAAAUUAUAAAACCAGCAUUGACAAAAUCCCAAAGUGUUGAAGAGAUUCGCAAAAAAACAAUUGCUGCUGCUGCAAGUGAAAAAAAGAAAAAUCAAGAUGAUAAACUAAGAAAAGCUGCACAAGCAAGAGAAGCACAAGAUAGAGAAAAGGCCGAAAAACAACGAAAAUUAUUACUUGAGAAGGAAAUGCGAGCUAAAGAAAAAGCACAGCAAAAGCAAAUGGAAGAAAUGCAGAAGCAGCAAGAGCAAAAGCGUAGAGAAGCUGAACGUGAAAAGAAACGACUUGAGAUACAAAUGGCAAAGAAAGCAGCGGCUGAUAAGAAAGAGCAUGAACAUUACCUAAAGGUGUUGGCCGAGAAGAAAAUCAUGCAAGAAAAACUUAAACAGAAUAAAUUACAGGCUGAAGAGCAACGAAAGAAAAAUCCAUAUAAUUUCGAUAUGUUGGAUAGCGGUGACUCAACAGACGACGAAGGAAAAACAUCGAACAAACGACCAUUGCCACCGCCAUGGAGUACGUCAAAUAAUCGUUAUGGUUAUGUAAUGGCUCAAGCACGAGUUAGCACUAAAGUUACGGACAAAUUCUUCUCAGUGGCACCGCAUGAAGUCGAUUUACGUGAGAUUUUCCCAAAAAUUGACGAAAAGCAUUUGCGCAGAAAUUCGAGUGCCGUUUGGAAUUCACCGCCUCGCUAUUCUCUAUUGCCAAAAUAUUAAUUCAUUCAUUUUUUUUCCAAGUUCACAGAUUCAAUUGUAUUUUAUUACAAGGAUCAAUGAAUUCGAUAUAAUUUUCAAAAUAAAACACAUCAAUUUAUACUUUUUUU